CAGUUUUAGCAAAUAUGUCUGGCAACGUUCUUAGCAAAACAUUCAAAUUAGACAACACUGCUCCAAUCAAUUUAGGACGAAAAAUGUUUACAAAAUGCAUUAAUUGUUGUGUUUCAAUAGUUAUUUAUGCAUUAUUCGUAUGCCUUUUAGUGGAAAACAGUGUCGCCUUAAAACGAACGCUGCGCCACUAUGAAGUUUUUCACAGAGAUGAUGUUGUACAUAAGAUUGUCAAAAGAGGUGUUAAACAUAGCAAUAAUCCAUAUAAUAUAAUUAAGGAGUUAGAAUUCAAGACUCUAGGUAAAAAUUUUCGAGUGAUAUUGCAUCCGCAUCGCGAUGUGUUGCAUCAAAAUUUUCGCGCUUAUGCUGUUGAUGCCGAUGGCAAUGAGACUGUGGUGCACAUGGAACAUGACAACUUUUAUACGGGUCGCGUUUUUGGCGAACUGGAGUCAUCAGUACGUGCACACAUUGAGGAUGGCACUUUCACCAUGUCCAUUGAACUGCCCGAUGAAACCUACCACAUAGAGCCUUCCUGGCGCCAUUUGCCUGCAGCCAAGAAACACACAAUGGUUGCCUAUAAAUCUUCCGAUGUUAAGCUGAAUCAAAAUGAACAAGGCGCCGUACCCAAAACAUGUGGUUAUAUCAAAGAAGGCCAAGAGCUGGAGGAUAAACAUGAAGAUAAUCAGCUGCAUGAAACACGCAUCAAACGUCAAUCGGAUCAGUAUGAAUAUACGCCCACAAAAACUCGCUGUCCUUUGCUACUGGUAGCAGAUUAUCGUUUCUUUCAAGAAAUGGGCGGUGGCAAUACCAAAACAACCAUUAACUAUUUGAUAAGCCUUAUAGAUCGCGUGCACAAGAUAUACAAUGACACUGUCUGGCAGGAUCGCUCCGAUCAGGAGGGCUUCAAAGGCAUGGGUUUUGUCAUUAAGAAAAUUGUGGUGCACUCCGAGCCCACACGCUUGCGUGGUGGUGAGGCGCACUAUAAUAUGAUACGCGAAAAAUGGGAUGUGCGCAAUCUAUUAGAGGUCUUUUCACGGGAAUACAGCCAUAAAGACUUUUGCUUAGCUCAUCUAUUUACUGAUCUCAAAUUUGAGGGUGGCAUUUUAGGCUUGGCUUACGUUGGUUCCCCACGUCGCAAUUCUGUGGGCGGCAUAUGCACACCAGAAUACUUCAAGAAUGGUUAUACGCUUUAUUUGAAUUCGGGCCUCAGCAGCUCACGUAAUCAUUAUGGCCAGCGUGUCAUCACACGCGAAGCAGAUUUGGUUACAGCACAUGAGUUUGGACACAACUGGGGCUCUGAGCAUGACCCUGAUAUACCCGAAUGCUCACCCAGUGCCUCGCAAGGCGGCAGCUUUCUCAUGUACACUUACUCUGUCAGCGGCUAUGAUGUCAACAAUAAGAAAUUUUCACCUUGCUCGCUGCGUUCCAUACGCAAAGUUCUGCAAGCCAAGUCUGGUCGCUGCUUUUCGGAACCCGAGGAGUCCUUCUGUGGCAAUUUACGCGUCGAGGGUGAUGAGCAGUGUGAUGCUGGUUUGCUGGGCACUGAGGAUAAUGACUCUUGCUGCGAUAAGAACUGCAAGCUGCGUCGCAAUCAAGGGGCCAUGUGCAGUGACAAGAACUCACCAUGUUGCCAGAACUGUCAGUUUAUGCCAGCGGGUAUGAAAUGUCGCGAGGCGCAGUAUGCCACAUGCGAGCAGGAAGCGCGUUGCACAGGCUCCAUUGCUGAAUGCCCCAAGUCACCAGCCAUGGCGGAUGGUACUACUUGCCAGGAGCGUGGACAGUGUCGCAAUGGCAAAUGUGUGCCCUACUGCGAGACUCAAGGACUCCAGAGUUGCAUGUGCGAUAUCAUUUUGGAUGCAUGCAAACGUUGCUGUCGCAUGAGCAUUAAUGAGACUUGCUUUCCGGUUGAGCCGCCAGAUGUACUACCCGAUGGCACACCCUGCAUCACAGGCUUCUGCAACAAGGGUGUGUGCGAAAAGACCAUACAAGAUGUCGUUGAGCGUUUCUGGGAUAUCAUAGAGGAGAUCAAUGUAGCAAAGACACUGCGCUUUCUCAAGGAUAACAUUGUCAUGGCUGUUGUGCUGGUCACCGCCGUUUUUUGGAUACCUGUUAGCUGUGCCAUCUCAUAUUUUGAUCGGAAGAAGCUGCGCUAUGAACUAAAACAAAUCGAAUGGAGUCAAAAAUCAGAUCUCAUACACCCCAGCGAUGACAGGCGUCGUGUUAUACACAUACGCGUACCGCGCCAGAAGAUUUCAGUGGCGCGAGCUUGUAACUAGCAUAGAACUCGGUGGCGGCCAUUGUUUUAUCUUCCGAGAGCAUUCUUCUCAAAACUGCCACAAUUAAUUUUUAUAUAAUUAAGUGCAAGCAUAUUUAAAGAAAAAU